GUCUCGUUUUACCUUUUUUUAUAAGAAAAUAUCCUGCGCUAUGUAAAGCUCGUGAAACACCUCUAGUCGUAAGGUUCUGUCGCCCCUUUAGACUAUGUUUGUUAAGACAGUGUACAAGUGUUGCAUAAUUGUGUAGGCUAGGUACUUAUGCUGUGUUUUUAACUAAAUUCGUAUUCUGUUUUAAGUUAUAUUAUUACGUGAGUUAUAAAUUCGAAAUCCAAUAGGUAUCUAUUUAGAUGACCCCACGAAGUGCUCGUAACUAUAAUGUUUAUCAUCCAGAUAUUCAGAUAGCCGACUACUUCAAGAAAGUUUCCCUUCAGUAUAAACAAUAAGACACAAUUUAAAAACAAGAAGUAUUAUCUCCAAUAACUAGAUUAAAACGUAACCAAUGCUUCGCCAACGAACGCCAAAAUCAAUAAAAAGGGGAUAUCGGAGCCGCGACUACGCGUUUUAAUAAUAAAUACCGAUAAGGCACAGUCACAACCCUAGUCGGAAACUAAAAGCUCCGACAGGGGGCGUGGAAAUGAAAGGUUACUCCGACCCGAUAAUUUUCUAUUUUUGGACCAAAACCUGCUAUGAUUAAGGCGCAAUAUGUAAUGUUCGUGCUAAUUCUUAUGUUAAGUGCAAUGUUGGAAACUGCAUCGAUAACGAAACGAAGUUACUCGGACCAGUCAGUCAGGGGAUAUAUCACUGAAAGAACAUGCUGGUGGAAUGAAGUUUGCAAGGAAGAGUUCCAAACAUUAUUUCGAUGUAAAUGCCCUUCGUGGUCUUACUGUCGCAGCCCAGGACGAUAUUAUAAUGCGGUGUGCUCGAUGACAGAGACCGGCUACAUAUGGGACCAGCCUAACUCGGAAUGGCGCGGACAAUAGCACAACUAAUAUUCUCAACUU